AUGUCAAGCGAUUCUUUGACGUCGACAUUUCACAAAGAUCUCGAUGAAGAGAAUGAAGAUGUUGAAUUCUUCUGUUCGACAUUGACAUUCGUCAAAUUCUUCCGUCUCUUCAAGCUGAGGAAAGAGCUGAAGUCCAACGGAGCAUCUAUGGCAACCAAGAUAAGCUAUCAUCGCAAUCAAGACUUUGAGGUUGAAGCGGAAGACCGAAAGCACAUAUGCCCUGUAGAGGGCUGUGGUGAAACUUUCCGCACUCGCAUGCAUGUUAUUUUCCACCAACGUAACAGGCACCCCGGGUAUGCUACCGAAGAGGACAAAGCAGCCGCACUUACGUGCACCCAUUGCAGCAAACCAUUGUCUCGCCCGGAUGCAUUGAAACGGCAUCGCAUUGUGUGGCUUUCCCGCACCGAUAUUGAGCAGCCUCCGCCCCAAAAAAGAAGGAGUCGAGGGGAAGGCUCUGAUUCAUACUCGUGUCCUGCGCUUGGUUCUAUGCCCAACCCGACUGAUAACGGGCCAAAGCAUUACUACAACUUCACAGCUGCGGACUCGCUCCAACUCCCUCCCCUAUCAACAAACGUAUAG